UCGCGACCAACGAGAGAGAGCGCUGAUGCGGCUGCUUGUGUUUGUAGCUUGGUACGUGUGUGCGCGUUUCUUGGGAUGCGAUCGUAAUCAGGUACAGUUGACUAAACUGAAUUGAAAACCCAUCGAGUCACACUACCUGCAGAACUCGACAAACCGACUGCCGAGUACGUGAGUCACUAUGUCAGAACACCAGAGGCAGCGCUCGCUCUCCACAUCCGGAGAGACACUUUAUCAUGUGCUUGGCGUCGAUAAGAAUGCCACAACAGAUGACAUCAAGAAGUCAUACAGGAAACUGGCACUGAAGUUCCACCCUGACAAGAACCCCGACAACCCAGAGGCAGCGGACAAGUUCAAGGAGAUCAACAACGCCCACGCCAUCCUCAAUGACCCCACUAAGCGCAACAUCUAUGACAAGUAUGGCUCUCUGGGCCUGUACGUGGCAGAGCAGUUUGGCGAGGAGAACGUCAACACCUACUUUGUCCUCUCCAGCUGGUGGGCCAAGGCGUUGUUCGUGUUCUGCGGCCUGGCUACAGGCUGUUAUUUCUGCUGCUGUCUGUGCUGUUGCUGUAACUGCUGCUGUGGGAAGUGUAAACCGCGGCCGCCCAUGGACCAGGAGCCGGAGUUCUACGUGUCCCCGGAGGACCUGGAGGCCCAGCUCCAGUCUGACGAGAGAGAGACAGGAGAGCCCAUCAUGAUGCAGCCCUCCUCGGCCACAGAGACCACCCAGCUGACGGCCGACAGCCACGCCAGCUACCGGACCGACACAGGCUUCAACUAGACCCCCUCUUCCUGCUCCCCUCACUUUCCAACACCGGGAAGAGUAAAAGAACAGAGGAAUUGGGGGAAAAACGAAACCGUCAUUUCAACACUGGAGAAGGAGAGGGCCAAGCAAGUGAGGAAGGAGAGAUAUGAUGUUCGGAAUACAAGCUGAGCUUUCACAGACAUCUCCUUCUGCCCUGAAAGCAGCAGACAUCAGCAUUUUUGUUUAGGAAAUGGGAAACAAGUGUUUGUUUCUUGGCCUUUUACCUCCACUCCUCCCCGCCCCCUCAUCUCCCCUGCAAACCACUCCCACACUCCUAUGCAUAGUCCUGUAGCAUGUAGUGUUCAAUCGGUUUAGGCUGGGGUUUCUUUUUCAUAUUAACGUGUCUUAGUUGUGUGUUUGACUUUAUAUGUACAUAAGUGCAAAAUAUAUGUUCAUAUCUCACAAGUAGGUGUGUAUGGAUGUGUGUACGGACAUGUAUACAUACAUACAGAUAUGUAUAUUUACAAUAUGUAUGUGUAUUUAAUUUGUGUGUGUAUAUUUGUAUGUACACCCUUGUGAGUGUUUUGAAUGGGCCACUGUCAGUCAUUUUUUCUUCUUCUUAGAAAUGCACUGGUCAUGAGAAUCCCUGGAGCUGCAUGUGCUCAUGUUCGGACACCCUAGAACACCCACACCAGGUGUCGUCUGCCAAGUCUCCUCCCCUCCCACUGAUGAUGGAGGUGGUGGUGAUGAUGAUGAUGAUGAUGAUGAUGAUGGUGGUGAUAAGGGAACCCGCAGCAUCUUUAUCCUCUCUGCAUGUUCCCCUCAUUGUCUAGCCUGCCUCUCCAUGAGCUUUGUACCAUGAAAAUGGCAAGUCCUUCAGUAGCGAAAAUCACCAAAUCCAUAAAUUCUGUACAUCAUACCUACAGCUAAUUAAGUCUUAUGUCUUAGUUUUAUUAAUUCCUUUUCCCCAUAUGGAAGUAUAUCCCUACAUGUCUAAAUGACAAGUCAUUGAAUGCUUGGCUUACCUUGGUCACGUCAUAUGCUUCUUAAGCUUCUUUAGAUGUUCCUCUUGUUUAGGCAGCUGGUUAUAUUGGAAAUAAUAGUGGUCAUAAGCUGUAAUUUAUCACUGCAGAACUGGUUUAAAUAAAAGUUCUCCUGGCUUAUAGAAGCAAGUACUAUUUGUUUCAGUAUCUCCCCAUUUUGGUUUAAUUGCCUCUAUGGAAAAUAUUCAGUAUUAAUUUGACGUUUUCUCAUUUCCAUGAAUCCAUGAGUUUGGUCUGUAGUGGUAAAACAUGCAGCAAUUGGUUGUUGGUUAUUAACUACCUGUUUGGGAGAACAUUUGUCAGUAUCUUCAAAGCUGUGUUGCUUCAGUUCAAACCAUCCUCUAACUUUUAACAGCAGGAAUUUAGUUUUUGUUUUUGAUUGAGAGUUUUUUCUGAAGUUGGUGACACCGUGUCAUGCUCAUUGAUAUGAUGUUUACCACUGCUGUAGGUUCUCAAACCUGACCUGGAUUCUGCAGUACCAUAUGUUUUGAGGUCAAAGGGUUUCAGUUUCAUGAUGAGAGCCUACUAGAAUUUCCUGUCAUAUACCUCCUGGUACACAUGGGGACAGGGACAGGGGUGGUGAAUGUCUAUAUCAUGGAAGACAAACCUACUUGACACUAUCUCUAUGUGGAAAAUUAUUUUAAGCCAGCUUCAAUUGUCCUUCAUUCUAGCAAUGCAAAAAAUUAUAUAUUGCUUAUGUCACUAUCCCCCACUUUAGUGGUUCUUUGUGUGGUUUAACCAAAUUUAGUGAUAGUGCCAUAGCAACUGACUGUAAAGGUAUAGCUUUGUUCCGUUUUGGCUUUUGUAGUUGUUUGCUACAAACAAGAGGCUUUGUGAUAGGAAAGCACAUUGCAUCUCGAAUGGCAAUGAGGAGGUUUGCUCACCAGGUAUGGUAGAUUUAAAUUAAUUGGAAAGCUUCAUGGCAUGUUGUUGUGUGUCUUUGCCUUGACUGCAGCGAGCCCCUCCUUUGCCAGCUUCUGAUGUGAGAAUCGGUAACUCGACCACUACUGAUAUUCUGUUCCCCAGGUGAAGCAUUGGUUAGUGAUGAGCAGAUCCUGGAAUGUGCAUGUGUCUAAAUCCUGUCUGUGAUCAAUCUGAGCCAGUCAUCAUGCGUCUUUGUGGGACUGAUAUGUAGCUUCCCUAUUUAGAUAUUACCUAAUCUGAACUCAGAUUUGCAUCAGACUUUUUUCCUGCGAUCAGGUAAUUUAUAAUAAUUUAAUGGUUUGUAGCUGGUAAUGGAUCAAAUAGGUUUGCCAUGAAAAUGUCUGCACUGCCAGCCUACAUGGGACAGUUCAGUAACAGACAAAUUUGAAAUCUGGUCUCUUAAUUUUCCCCUUCCAGACUUUCUUUCAUUUCUCCAAUGGCCAUUUCAGUUAGGGAUUGAUGUUUUGUAAUAUUACUUUUUACCAGAUUAUUCAUUUAGAGCAAUAAAUAUGUAAUAUUAUUUGUGUGUAUUUAUUAUUUGCCAUGUCUUGGAGCUGUAACUUCAAUUAUUGUUGGUAAUAUUGCUCUUUUUAUGAGUGUGAAAAUAGGGAAUCUACACACCGGUAUUUUUACAGUUGGAAUUUAGUUGUAAAGCUAUUUCAAGGUACUGUAAAGCUGUUGUUUUGCACUGCUUUGUGUUAUAUUAAUUUUUUGUGAUCCUUUUUAGAAUGAUUCUGGUUAUUACAGGUUCUCGUUCAGCUGGCUGUGGGAAGCAGCAGCUAUCCUCAGACCAUGCGGUGUCUGCGUGUGCCCCCACCUGCCCCUCUAUAUCAACAUUAAUAUGGAAAGUAGACACGGUUCUUUGUGUUCCUUCCUGUUCUGUUUCUCUCCUUGCUCCUCUCAGUUUUGUCCUCCUAGCACAGAUUCCAGUGGAAGUCUUUCCCCCUUUGUGUCAGCUUACCAUUAGAAUAUGGAUAGGACUAACAACAAGCUUUAAGAAAAGCUGGUAAAUUCCUUCCACAAAACAAAUGAUUGACUUUGAUUUGUUCACCUUUGAUGAAGUGGUACUGGUGUUCCAGAAUGAUUUUGUUUAAUGCAUUUCCUCUGUCCUCUUGAGAACAGAACUGCUUAUGAAAUUCAGACCGAUCCUCCUCGUAUGGUGCUGAUAGUGCAUGUUUCAUAUCACGUUUAAGCAUUCUAUAACUUGAGAUAAGUAUAUCACAACAUCAUCUAUAUUCUUGAGCACCGGGGUCUUUUUAAUAGUUUUUGAUGAAAAUAAUACUCUUGCUAUGACACUUCAUAUACACUAUACUAUCUUCACAUUAUGCAAUCAUUGCUGGUUUGUGUGUUGGUGGAAGGGUGUGCAAUGUCAGUCUUGUACUGUGAUCUGAAUAUUUGACUUAAACUGUUUACAGUGCAUAAUGAAUGAUUGAGAAUAUUGUCCUUUAAUCCAGCCUUCAUUUUAGUAUUUCAUCCAAAGGAGGGAUCAAUGUUUAUGUCUUUUGCGUUUUCGUUCAAUUUGAGUUUGUGUUUGCAAAUUCAAUGUUCACAAGCUGAUACAAUGUUAACUGCCCCGUAGCUGGUCAAAGAUGAGGGGAUUGAAAAGGCCUGUUUGUGAAUGAAACUGAAAAUCAUACCAGUAUUAAAUUGAAACAAAUGAUAUUCGAUGUGUUUAAUUGGGUAUCAUUACAAAGGCUUGUGCGUUUUAUCAGCAUCAGAUCACAUGAUGCAGGUUUGUAAGAAGGGGUCGUUCUUUACUUAUGAAAGGACUGUUAAAACACAUGUACAUUAGAAUGGCAUUCACACUAAAUGGAAUGCGAUGACGGUAAGGUAGUCCUUUUAUCUUUGCUUGUGAGAGCAUUAUUUCUUGUGAAAUGAAAAUCAUGUAGUGGUUUUCUUUUGGCAAAUUUUACAUUACAUUACAUUACGUGGCAUUUAGCAGACGCUCUUAUCCAGAGCGACGUACAACAAAGUGCGAAUCAAACACAAAAAUCAAAGUAAUGAACAUUCUGUUAUACAAUUUCCUGCUUUGUUCUACGUUCUUAAACCAAAAAAAAAUGGAAAAUGCAACAUUUUUAUUGCUAUUAAUUCUGACUCCAUACCCCCACUAACGCCCCUGUGCCCGGCCUUUCCUCUCCUUCCCUUGAUCUGAUUGGUCUGUUACUUAUCUGUGCUCAUUUGAAGUGAAACACCUGUCUCAAACACUCGCUGUGGCUUCUUUGAGAUGUUGGAAAAAAUGCAAUGUUUGAUUGAAUGCAAAAUGUAUUUGGCAAAUUGUAUUGGAUUACAGAUCAAGACAUGUUCUUUUAGAAUCUUUAAAUAAAUAUAAAAAAAGAUUAUAUAGUGCAAAUAUAGUGAUAUGGUAAUAUGAUGCAUUCUUUUAUUUAUUUUAUUUUUGUUAUGUUUUUAAUAAAUAAUGGUAGUUUAAAUGGUAUGUAAUUGGAUGUUGCCAUUAAAAGGUCUGUUUCACAGAACUUAAUGGUUAAGGUCUCCUUCACAUACAGUACCCGUAAAUAUGAGUAUAGUGUUUGUUUUAUGUUUUAGCAUGGUUAGUUGCUGUGUCCAAAAUAAACAUGAGUAAUUUAUCUGAUUUGCUGUUGUAAAAUAAAUAAAUGUUUCUGAAGCUUAAAACCCUU